AUGGAUAUUAUCUCUUGCAAAAGCGAUAAAGAAUGCUCGGAUAUAUAUGAAAACACUGUAUGCGAUAAAGACGAAAACAUAUGUGUUUGCAUGUCGCCUGAUGGCAUACCUCUGAACUGCGAAUUUGAUGAAGUGUGUUUUAAGGGGACAUGCGUUAGGAUUUGUGAACAAAGUCUAUGUUUUUCUGAAGCUGGAGAGUUUUGCCAAUCUAACGGCCAAAGUAAAUGUACCUGCGCUUUUGAUUCUGGUGUUUGUAAAGGAACAGAACUUUGCUCUCGUAGGAAGUGCAUCAGUAGAACUGAAGCAAAGUCGUCGUGCAACUUAAGAUGCCACUGUUCGUUGCCCAACACUACAGAUUGUGCAAAUAUUGCUAUAAAUUGCGAUAACAAUGCUCAUAUCUGUACCGACCCUAAAUACCUGAAGGUCAUGAAAGAAAAGUGCAAAAAAACUUGCGGAUACUGUGGCACCAAUACUGAUGGUAAGUCUUCAUAA